AUGCCGAACAUGCUCUGGCUCGUCUUGUGUCUGGUGCCUGCUUUGACGUAUGCGCAAACAUGCCCUGCGACAACUUCAUCACCCUGGAGACUCUCAACGUCCAAUCGGCUCGUCACGUUCGGCGACAGCUACACGGACGAGAGCAGACUGCAGUACAUGAUCGAUCACGAUGGCAAAGUCCCACCGCUAGGCACACAGCUUCCCGAAAGUCCAUUGCUGCGGAAUUGGGCGAGACGUGUCGCAGUAAACACUGGUAUCGAACUACGCAACUACGCGGUGUCCGGUGCCGUGUGCUCCAACCACAUCACGCCCCGUCCUUUUCCCCCGAUCCGUGGGAAUUUUCCGUCUGUCCUCGAGUAUGAGAUACCGGCCUACCUUGAGGAAAGUCUGGCCGCUGGCGAGGAAGGGGCUGUGUCUACGGUUUUCGCCCUCAUGGUCGGCACGAAUGAUCUCGGCAACAUCGGUUUCGUCACGGAUUCGCAGGUUGACGGCAAAGUGCUGCGCGACUAUACUCGAUGCCUCUUCGAAGCGUUUGACCAGCUCUAUGCAUCUGGAGCUCGUAGCUUUCUCCUUUUCAACACAGCACCUCUCCAUCUCGCCCCACAGUUUGCCGACGACGACCACGGCGGUCAAGAAGCUACACAGUACUGGCCGGACAAGCCCAGCAACCGUACCCAGAUCGCCCGCAAGAUGGAGCAGCAGACCACAUCCGUGAACGAGAUCUUGCGGUUCCAGGUAUCGUACGAGAUGUUAGUCGCCGGACGCUAUCCAGGGGCGCAUAUCGCGCUGUUCGAUACGUGGCAGCUGCUGACCGAGAUCUACACCAACCCAACAGCGUAUCUCAACGGAUCAAUGCCGGCCAAGGUCAGCGACUACGAGCACCAUUGUGAUGUUUCCGGAGAGAAUUGCGCGUACGAGUACAAUCACACCAGCCCGGACUCGUUCAUGUGGUGGGAUGAGCUGCAUCCGAGUGAGCAGGUUCAUAGGGUGAUCGCGCGGGAAGUGGUGGAAACGCUUGAGGGUCGUUCUCAGUACGCGGCGUAUUGGUGA